UUCACCUCACUAGCUCACUGAGACCCUUCCAGGGAGGCUUGAAUUGGACGUCCGGAGAUGAAGCUCAUUACCAUGGCUCUGGUGUGCCUGCUGCUGGCCGGGGUGUGGCUGCAGGAUGUGGACGCCAAGAGCAUGCAUGUGUCAUCCUCCAAUUGUUGUUUCAAACUGGUGGAGAGGAAGAUUUCCCCUCAGAAAAUCAAGUGCUACAAGAACACCAGCUCCUCCUGCUCCUACAAAAACCGUGUAAUAUUGAAACUGAACGGAGGCCAAGAGGCCUGUGUCUCACAGACAAAAUCCUGGGUUCGGGCUUAUUUAAAAAAGAUAAACCCCUGCCAGUGAAAGGAAAUGUGAGCUGAAUCCUUUCCAUCCUGGACUCUGGACACCACGUGGCUUUACCUAUCCCCUCAACACCCAGCCCUA